AGAUUAGGUUGCAGUUCUCAUUAGGCCUUAUUUCGUCACCAGUCUUAUUUACUUUGGAGUCUGUGUGUGCUUUGAAGUUAGUGGUAUUGGUGUCUGGGUGUGUGUUACAAUGCCCGUGAGCUGAUCGUCUGCGUCAAUCUCUAGCAGCUGCAGAGUCUUCUACGACGAGGACCUAGUUCUCAACCCUGGUUUCAGAAUUCUUGGAAUGAGGGAAAGAUAACGAGAGGUCCACAUCUCCUUAUUAAUCCUGCAUUCGGAAAUUUAUUAGGUUGGGGUGGUAACUGAUAGUCCUUCGUGGCUGGGAUUCUUGCUGCAGUACCACCAAACUUCUGUUGCUACACUGAAAUCUGAGAGUCUGCUUCACAUUGUCCAUUCUUCUUGGAUUGCAUGUUGGGGAUUUGGGUGCUCACACUGCAGGCGUUAGGUUGGUCACAUGGUGACGAACACCUUUGAGCAUUGCAGGCUGAGAAUGUUUUCAGGGUUCCGAAGGUGGGCAGGGGUCAAGUCCAAGGUUUUGUGAAUUGACUAUGUCGUCCCUCACGUUGUGUUGGCUUGUGAAGACUCAAGGCUUUUGGGUAGAAAACAACGCAGAGUUGCUCCACGUAAAGCACUAUGAAGAUGGGAAUAAAAAUGGCUGCGCACUCGAUGCUGCAUCUGCUUCUGGUUGCUGGAUUGCUCUCAGGUGCAACAGCAGUACCUUUAUCACAACAGGCGAAGGACGCCUGUGGUGCUGUUUUGAGCCAUUCUCCUUUUGAGAGGUCUCAGAAGCAUAAGGACGAGGACUGCGCCAACUCCUCGGUUGAGGCUUUUCAUGAAGAAUGGGGUAUCACCCAAUUAGCAAGCGGAGUGGUGAAACUCUCGAAUGGGACUGAGUUGCAGCUCUUCCCAGCCUCUGACACUCUUCACAAGCAUAUCAUGAAUUCCACUCGACGAAUACUCGGCGACUUCCGCCAAUGCUCUCCGUGCACAUGCUGUGAUCGGUCUAGAAGGUGGUGCCUACCCACAGUGUGCUGCUACAACAUUCGGUGUGGUGUGCGGGGGUUACCUUUUGGAUUGUGUUCCUUCGUGCCCAUCUCCUGUACCUGCUUUGGAUGCCGGAGCUGAUAAAUUCACCUCGACCUAAAACCAUGGUAUUUUGCAACUGCGGUCAAAUUGUUGAAGGCAAUUCGAGUGGGUAUCGUGUUUCUGUUGUGGAAAUGGCAAUAAGCAGCUGCAUUCCCGAAGCUGAGGAUGGUUGCUAUAAGUUCCAACAUAUUAGUUAUUCAUGUAAUACAAAUUUAUUUGUACUACAUUUGUAAUGUGUUAGCCUAAAUUUUACUCUUGCUGUGCAUGGUCCUGUACUGUAAAUCAUUGUAGUGAAAAAUACUCAAUUUAAUGCAACUUCAAGGCUCACGUCAUGUGUGGAGUAACAAAUUUUAGUCGAAA